GUUUUCAGAAUCUGAGACAAAGUUACCGGAUCCCUUUAAUAUAUACAAUCUCAAAUGAUGAACAUCAACCAAGGUUCACGUAAAGGCGUAAGUGGUCCAGUGGAUAAAUCUCUGUACAGUUAUAACCACCAGGCAUGGGGUUCAAAUCCCUGCAGUAUAUAGCACUAAUGUUGUUUAGUAAGUUGUUGUUGUUGUUGUUUUAGUUUUAAGGGCAUGUGUCAUUCAAUUGUGAAUAUUUAUACGUUGUACACGUAGUAUGUGUAGUAUGUAGUCUCAUUAAAUGCACCCUGGCUGUAAUUGUCAGUCCUCCUGUUUUUUACACAUGUUCCAUCAACAAAUUUUCGUGCUUACUACCCUGAACUAACCAAAUUCUUAACUUUAUCCCUGCACCAAAAAGUAUACCUAUCACUAAAUCUAAGCUCAAACUUAUUUCCUACCCAUAUCCAAAUCCUAUACAUUUGACAACAUAUAGCCAAGAGCAUUUGUCACCAGUCCUGAGCAUAGACAUGCAUACACAUACAUGUAUAUUGGAGCACCCAGUUAUAUUUGCAAUCAUUCACAAAAUACAUGUACUCUGGUAAUGUACUUGUAUGGAUCACGGUUUGUGUAGGUCCAAACUGUCUUGCUUCACGAUGUUCAGUGUCAAACAUCAGCCUCUUCAAUUAACCUAGUAGAAGCUUUGUGUUCCAUGCCAAACCUGACUCACCUGACACUGAGUGGAAAGGAUUUCAAGGAGGAGUUCUAUUCUACACUGAAUGCAAAGGCGUCAACCUUACAGGUCCAAACUCUCGAGCUAUGGGAUGUUCAGUGUCCAACAUCCGCCUCUUCAAUUAACCUAGCAGAAGCGUUGUGUUCCAUGCCAAAGCUGACUGACCUGACACUAUAUGGAAAGGAUUUCCAGGAGGAGUUCUUUGCUACACUGAAUUCAAAGGUCUUACAGGUCCAAACUCUUAAGCUAUGGGAAGUUCAGUGUCCAACAUCCGCCUCUUCAAUUAACCUAGCAGAAGCUUUGUGUUCCAUGCCAAACCUGACUCACCUGAAACUACGUGGAAAGGAUUUCCAGGAGGAGUUCUUUGCUACACUGAAUGCAAAGGCCUUACAGGGUUCUUUUCCUCAGAUCAGCAACGGAAAUUUCAGGUUCAAUGAAGUUUACCAAGCGGAUUUCGUUUCAUUUCUGAAGGCGCUCACAGACUUUCAAUCGGUGAAUGCUCAUGAUCUCUCAGACAAGGAGGAUGAGCCUAGUGGAACAUCACAGCCAUCAGAACAUCUUCAAGAGGAUGCUAGAGAAUUCUCAGACGAUGAGGAUGAGCCAUCACUCAUGGGUAGUAGUGUACAACCAUCCAAAUCGCACAGCAGGAUUAGGUGCUGCUUGAUCAUAUAGAACUAUCUCCAAGACAGUUGUAUGACACUUGCUCCUGCAACAACUUUUCUACUUGGGUUUCCUACACUGACUUCAGCCUCAGACCUUACACUGUACUGUAAAGGUAAAGUGAAAUGAUAUAACACUAGUAAUGAAACACCACAUUCAAUGUAUUAAAGAGAUAUGCUGAUCAUUCAUUAAGUAUUAAGUGUAUAUUUGGAGGCAAUGCGUAUGCGUAACUAUCACCACAUCGCAACGUUAUACUCAUACACAUUAGAUAUAUUAUGUUAUGUGUACAUAUUCGUAACCCUAAACAUUAUUGUCUUAACUAAAAAUAAAGUGAAACCCUAAUAACCCUAUAUAUUUCAUGAAGUAAAGCCUGGAUCAUAGGAUCAAAUGUUGACCCUCCAUGACUACUUUUGUGACAAGCAUUUUUUUCCCUUCCACGUGGUUCCUUGAUUAUACAAUAGCAAACAUUCAUAUAAAAACACACAACACAUCUAUAAUCAUGCAGAAUUUAUAAGCUACUGAAAUCAUUGCAUUUGUUUAGCUUAGAGCAAAUUUGUCAUAGAAAUGUGACACUUGUUAUUGAUAACAAGUUUUAUGAAACAGGGCCCAGGGUUAAUCUGAGCCAGUUUGUCUGCAAGUGGGAUUCCAUUACAAGGGCCCUCUUGCUUUAAAAGCUGCAAUGUCAAACACAACUCAAGAAGUAAAUGCAAUUACUAAAUAUGCGAUCCUGAUUGGUUGAAGAUGUAAUUUUAAUUUCGAACUUUUAUAGAAGAGUCCCCAGAAUGCAAUAUUGACCAUGAGGACGUUUUGUAUUGUUACUGUUAUUUUUAUUAAGUAUCUACAUUACCAUGUUGUACUUAAUUGUAUGCAUUCUGUUCAGGUUCACACAAGUUGAGUAUACACAGUUGGGCCCCGAAAGUUUACAUGCACCUGUAAGAAACUCAUUUUACUCAGAUUUUCUCAACUGCACUCAUUCCCAUCUGGAGUCACUCGUCUCUGAGUGAUUUGUGAUGUAUAUACUAUACAUAUUGAACAGAGACCAUAUUUUUCUAUCUUCCUGAAGUGAAAAGUUGGCAGGAAUGAGUGAAAUUGUGAUAAUGUGUAUAUUGGGCCCAACUGUACAUGUGUGUAUAUCUACAUUACAGGGAUUAUUCCAGUACUUGAUAAUGUUGUUUUUUUUUGUCUUCUUUCAUUUUAAGUAUCAGUAGAUGUGUACCAAGCUUUGUGUGCCUCAAUGCUUUGUAUAUACUAUAAACAGAGACAACAUUUUUCUAUCUUCCUGAAAUGAAUAGUUGACAGGAAAGAGUGUAUUGUGAUAAUGUAUAUCGGGCCCAACUGUACACGUAUGUAUACAAUUCAAGGAUUAUUCCAGUACUUAAUAGUGUUGUUGUUUUUUCUUCAAUGUUAACUAUCAGGCCUCUGAGUGGAUGUGUGCCAAGUUGUAUGUGCCUUAUGCUUUGUAUAUAUAAGCAGAGACCAUAUUUGUCUAACUUCCUGAAGUGAAAAGUUGGCAGGAAUGAGUGAAAUUGUGAUAAUGUGUAUAUUGGGCCCAACUGUACAUGUACCGGUAUGUAUAUCUACAAUUCAGGGAUUAUUCCAGUACUUGAUAAUGUUUUUGUUUUUUCUUUGUCUUCUUCCAUUUUAACUAUCAGUAGAUGUGUGCCAAGUUGUAUGUGCCUUAUGCUUUGUAUAUACUAUAAACAGAGACAAAUUUUGUCUAUCUUCCUGCAGUGAAAAGUUGGCAGGAGUGAGUGAAAUAGACCAGUUCAUGGUUAGCACAUGUCCUAAAUGACCCUGAAUAUCCACAGAUCUUCAAAACAUGAAGAGGUCCCACUUUGUACAUUUUGAAAUAAUCACUCCUUCAGCGAUGGAGGUGCUACAUAAAUAGCCUUUGUUUUCCCUUUUCGAAGAAUGCUUCCACCUGUGUAUCAUGGAGUGUACUGCUUGUGCAUAAUUGAACAACGAUUACAUAACUUUCAUGAGCAUGUAUCCAGUAUUCUGUCUCCGUGUAAUUCAGUUUUUUUUCACAAUUUGGUCUGCAAUGACCUUCUGCUCAUGUAUAUUGGGCCCAACUGUACAUGUACCGGUAUGUAUAUCUACAAUUCAGGAAUUAUUCCAGUACUUGAUAAUGUUUUUAUUUUUUCUUUGUCUUCUUCCAUUUGAACUAUCAGUAGAUAGAUGUGUACCAAGUUUUGUUUGCCUUAUGUUUUGUAUAUAACUGUAAAUCUCCUUGUAUAAGUCGCAUCCCUUUUUGGGGGGCCAAGAAUUUUUUUAUUUUUGCCGACUCUGUCGGCAGCAAGCCAGGUCAGUGUUAAAAAAUCCACGCGGGGAAGGACUUUCAUUUAUUACUGCGGGGUGCAGUUGAAGGUGCCAAUUCGCACUUGUGAAAAGUUAAUAAUACCUACUAUAGACAGAGACAAUAUUUGUCUUCCUGAAGUGAAAAGUUGGCAGGAUUAAGAGAAACUGUGAUAAUGUAUAUUGGGCCCAACUGUACAUGUGUGUCUAUAUGCAAUUCAGGGAUUAUUCCAGUACUUGAUAAUGUUUUUGUUUUUUCUUCAUCUUCUUCCUUUUUAUCUAUCAGUAUAGAUGUGUACCAAGUUUUGUAUGCCUUAUGCUGAAUGCCUGCAUGUAUGAACAAAGUGGUCUUGUAAUUUGAUGUUAGCCUUGAUGCUAAGAGCUAAUUGUAUAGGAGAGAGAUAUGCAUUGAAAUCCUGAACUCUGUAACAUGUUGAAAAUGUCAAAAUCACAAUUUUGUAAUGCAAACUGGCAUACCAGUCACAGACACUUCUAUCAGUGUAUAAAUAAAUAUUCUUUGAAGAUACAUGAUAUAUAGCAAUAAAAGAACGUUUUCAAUUUUAAGAAGAGAACCUGAUCACUGCAGCCCUUAUAUUUUGUAAGUUUACAGCCAUGUAUUUAUGAUAUGCAAUGAAUACCAAAUGAACUGAAAUUUCAUUACAUCUGAAAUGUGUCCAUAUUGUGUACAGAGUAUUUGCCAAGAUUAAAGUAUUUCUUAUUAUUCUUA